AUGAGACAUCGUGCACAAAAUUCAUCUGCAAUCUUUGUAAAACGAGGUUUUCAUGACAUGCCAAUCACUAUCAAUGAAUUGCAUCAGCAUAUGGAAAAUAUGCCACAAUCCCAUUUGGCAGAUAGGUUGAUGCGGUUUGGAACAUCAUUGAGGGGUACAAGGUCAUAUUGGGCCAAAUGUCGUGCAGAAUUAAUAGACAUGCUUCAUCAAAUAGGCUCCCCUACGAUAUUCUUCACAUUAAGUGCAGCAGAUAUGUAUUGGCCUGAUUUGCAUGCACUAAUGCCGGGAACAUCACCAACCACUCCACGAGAAGCUCAAAAUUGGAGAAAGCAGAAUGUUAUCAACUACCCCCAUAUAGUUGCACAUUACAUGCACUUAAGACAUUCAAUAUUUAGAAAAGAAAUCCUAGAAAAAGGAAUGAAUGUUGAAGAUUUUUGGUCUAGGUAUGAGUGGCAACAUAGGGGGUCACCACAUGUGCAUGGAUUCAUAUGGAUGAAUGGAGCACCCAAUAUGGACAAUAUUGACUGGUCAAAUGAAGAGCAACGAAAACAUGCAGAAAAAUACUUUCAUUCCAUUGUUCAUGCAUGGAAUCCUAGAGAAGAUCCACAUCAACGAAAUAUACAGAAUGACAUACAUUGUGUAGGGAGGGUGCAUGCUUGCGAAAAAAAAGAGGAAAGAUGGUAUAAUGCUCCUUGGCCUUUGAAUCUCAGUGGGUCCAAAUUAUAUGAAGAUAUAGAAACAGGUGAAAAAAAAUUUGAACCUGCAAGAAAUGAUGAUAGGGUGAAUUCACAUAAUCGUCACAUAUUGCAAUUAUGGAGAGCAAAUAUAGAUUGGCAACCUGUUCUUUCCAAACAUGCAGUAGUCAAAUAUAUUGCCAAGUAUGCAGCGAAAGCAGAGAAAAGCUCUGAAACAUAUCACCAGAUGUUGAUGCGCCUCUCCAACAUGGAAGACCUUAAUGAUUUAGCUGCUCGAGCAUAUAGAAGGCUUCUGACUGAAACAAUUAUUGAAAGGGACAUUGGUGCUCAAGAAACAUGUCACAUGUUGUUAGAACUUCCAUUAGUAGAGAGUAGCAGAAGAUUUGUUAAUCUAAAUGUCUCACGUGAGGUGUUCAAACCUGUAACUAUAAAUGAUGAAGAGAAUAAUGAAGAGCAGACAAAAUCUUUCAUUGAUGGAUAUAAAACAAGGCCUCUUUGUAUGGAAGAGUUAUUACUCUACAAACCAUUUCGUGACAUAGAAAGGGAUAUUGGUCAUGAUGAUGACUCUAUGAUAGCAAAUUGGGAGUCAUUUACCUACAAUCCUUGGCAUGUCAAACGAAUAACAAGUAUUGAAAAUGUAGAGGCUAAUACUGAUUCAAAAAUUGAAGAGAAUGAAGCUAUUCAGAGAAAUACCACAGAGCAUGAAUGGGAAAUUAUAUCUAGGCUACAUCAUGGUCAAAAUAUACAAUUUUCAGAAAUAGAUAUGUUGGGGAGAAGAGACAUUGAUAGACAUACAAAUUGGUCUACUGAUUAUCAAGGUGAAGAGUACACAACUACAGCAAUCAGUUUCAUAACUAACAUGAAGGAUCAUGGAUGUCUUAUAUAUGAUGAUAUACCCCAAUGCAUCAACUACAUGACCCUCAGUGAUAAGCAAAAAAAGGCAGUUGAUAUAAUUAUGACACACUAUGAGAGGAGUCAAAAUAAAGUGCCAUUGUUCAUGAUAAUUCAGGGAACAGCAGGUACAGGAAAGUCAUAUUUAAUUGGUGCCAUCAGUCAAGCUCUUGAAAAUGCUGCAAUGCCAUCUCGUUCUCCCCUUCUAUUACUUGCACCAACAGGAGUUGCAGCGUUCAAUAUAGGGGCCUCUAAAGUUCAUUCCAAAUUGAGAAUCCCAAUACGAGAUUUCACUCAACUACAGGGAACAAGACUUGCCAUUUUUCAAGAAGAAAUGGUGCAUAUCAAGUACAUUUUGAUUGAUGAAAUGAGCUUCAUUGGUCAAAACAUGUUGGAAAACAUAGAUUCUCGACUCCGACAAGCAUACCCACAAAGUGCACACCUAAGUUUUGCAGGUAUAUCUAUGAUUUUGGUAGGAGAUUUGGGUCAAUUGCCUCCGGUUAAUGAUAGACCUGCAUAUGCCAGUAAUAGACGAGCAAAGCUACUAUGGGAGGAAUUCAAAAUUGUGGUUACUUUAGAUAAAAUAUUCAGACAAGAUGGAGAAAAUAUUCAGCAACAAAGAUUUCGUCAACUUUUGACAAAUCUAAGAGAUGCAAACCCUCAAAUUGAUGAUUGGAAGCUACUAAUGAUGAGAACCCCUACUAACAUAGAUGUUGCAAGUAAUUCUGAAUUUGAAAAUACUAUCCAUUUGUUCUCCACAAAUGACAAUGUUCAUAGUCAUAAUAAAAAAAUGUUAUAUUCAUUGAGGCAUCCCGUUGCACAAAGUGUUGCAACAAAAGCAGGAAGUGUUAAUAUAGCAGAAGAUUUCUCAACUGGUGAACUUGAUCUAGAGUUAUUGAUCAGUAAGAAUUCAAGGGUCGUGCUAACUUCAAACCUUUGGAUACAAGCAGGUCUUGUAAAUGGAGCUUUGGGAUAUGUUCAAAAGAUUGUCUACAAGCCAGGAAGUGCUCCACCUGACCCACCGACAUAUGUGAUGGUUGAAUUUGAUAAUUACUCAGGAUUACCAUUUGAAGAUCAUCAUCCAAAUACAAUUCCAAUAACACCAAUACAAAAGGGCAGAACACUUCAGCUACCAUUGAGAUUGGCAUGGGCAUUGACUAUACAUAAAUCUCAAGGAUUGACUCUUCCAAAAGUAACUAUCGAUAUAGGACCAAGAGAAAGAACUGGAUUGACAUUUGUUGCAGUAUCUCGUGUAAAAUCUCUAGAGGGUUUGAGAAUAAUGCCACCAUUUACAUAUGAUCGUUAUGAGAAAAUGAAAAAGGGUAGACAACUUGCAAAGCGCAAGGCUGAGGAAAAUAGGCUCAAACUUUUGGAAGAUAAUUGA